AUGUGUGUUAAUUCAUAGUAACGCUUCCUCGUUUCCAGUAUGGCUUUGCCUUAUACGCAUGUGAUUUUUAUUUAGGAAAUUAUUUCAUGCGUUUCGAUAGUUAAUGUGCGAUUUGGGGUUUUAGGCUACUUCAGUGUUUUACAUUUAAACGUUCACGAUGGGUUUACUGACGAUAUUGAAGAAGAUGAAGCACAAGGAGCGUGAAAUGCGUCUACUGAUGCUUGGACUUGACAAUGCUGGAAAAACAACCAUCCUAAAGAAGUUCAACGGCGAAGAUGUCAGCACGAUCUCUCCAACAUUAGGCUUCAAUAUAGUGACGCUUGAGCAUAGAGGGUUUAAGCUGAAUAUCUGGGAUGUGGGUGGUCAAAAGUCAUUGAGAUCAUACUGGAGGAAUUAUUUCGAGAGUACAGAUGGACUGGUGUGGGUAGUAGACAGUGCUGACAGAUUGAGACUGGAGGACUGCAGGAAAGAGCUGAGUACUUUAUUACUAGAGGAGCGAUUAGCAGGAGCCACACUCUUAGUUUUUGCUAACAAACAGGACUUACCUGGUUCUUUAUCAAAAGAAGCCAUUCGAGAGGUCUUAGCCCUUGAUGACAUUAAGACCCAUCACUGGUGCAUAGUGGGAUGCAGUGCCGUGACAGGCGAGAACCUGCUUACAGGUGUGGACUGGCUGCUUGAUGAUAUAGCAGCUCGGAUCUUUACAACUGACUGAUGAACUGAAAGUUAAAACGUGUUUUGCAGAGAAUGGACAAUAAAGGAUGUUGUUGGACUGCAAAUGUAUGGAAAACAACUAUCUUAAAUUUAUUUAUGUAGCUGUAUUACCAGGUCUAGUGUGUUUUAAAAGCACACAGACAAAACCUGCUUGCUUUAAAUGGUUGGAAAUGGAAGCCAUUUUUAAAGGCUUAGUUUACCCAAAAAUGAAAUUUUGGUUAUUAAUUACCCUCAUGCCGCUCCAAACCCGCAAGACCUUCAUUCAUCUUCGGAACACAAACUAAGAUAUUUUUGAUGAAAUCCAAGAGAAAUAGAAAGCAAUGAAAUUACCACAUUCAAGAUCCAAAAAGUAGUAAAAACAUCAUUAAAAUAGUCAAUGUGACUACAGUGGUUCCACCUUAAUGUUAUGAAGCGAGCGCUUCCAUGUUCUACGUCAGAACACCAGCUCAGUAUUGGACAACGCUGUUCACGUGAGCAGCACGACACAUGCGUGUGAUGCAGGAGCCAGCCAAUACAUAUCCAGUGUUUUAACUUAGAACCUGGAAGUGCUGCAACAUAGUAGUGUAGGAGAAUAAAUGGGGAGAUAAAUUUGUUGAAUAAAGUUAUUUUUGUUGUUUUUGCACACAAAAAGUAUUCUCAUGGCUUUACAUUAAGGUUGAAACACUAGUCACAGACUAUUUUAACUGUUUUUACUACUUUUCUGGACCUUGAAUGUGGUAAAUUUGUUGCUUUCUAUGGAGGAUAAAAAAAAACCUUGAUUUUAUCAAAAAUAUUUUAAUUUGUGUUCUGAAGAUGAACAAAGAUCUUGCGGGUUUGGAGCGACAUGAGGGUGAGUAAAUGACAGAAAUUUCAUUUUUGGGUGAACUAACCCUUUAAGUUGAUUGUGUACUUUUCAGCACCACUUGUUCAGUUGCAUACAAUAAAGAUGCAUCACAUCUGCCAAGAGUACACUUGA